AUGCUGAAAGAGCUCAUGAUCUUUUUCGGCCUCCUAGCCCUGGUCUUCGCCGCAUCUUUGGGCACCACGGGAAGCGAUGUCACCACCGUUUGCCAGUCCGAGGACGAGCUGUGGGGCAGCGAGGACAUUCGCAAGUUCUACUUCUGCCUGGAUGGCGAUGUGAUCGCCGACCAAUGCGACGAGGGUUACUACUUUGUGAACAAUGCCACCGUCUCCGGCUGCCUGCGCGAAGACCUGAUGAACCCCUCCUGCGUUAACUCGUUGGCCAAGGUGCCCACCUGCACCGAUGGCACCCAGUACCAGCCGCAACGCGCAGCCAACCUGACCAACUUCUACGUCUGCACCAGCGAGGGCGUCCUGGAGCUGCCCUGCGCGGAAAACAAGGCCUUCGUGGAUGUCGGCGGAUAUCUCGGCUGCUUCCCGUGGUCCCAGUGGCGCUCGUUGCGCAACUGCACCGAAGCCUGA